AUGAAGUUCGCCUUCGCUUCUCUCUUCCUCGCCGCUACCGGCUUGGUUAGCGCUCUCCCCGCCAAUGAGAACGAGACCAACCUGGAGACGCGCGCCGAGGCUGGCGCAGGCUGCAGCCCGGCCGGACGUGUCACCUGUAGUAACAGUGAUGGUCAACGGUACCCAAACAUCCUGGUUUGCGUUGACCGCGGAAGCGGUCUCAAGUGGUUCAUUCAGGCUACUUGUGCCGCUGGAACCUCGUGCGCCUACAAUGAUAACCCCAACCAAGCCUGGUGCAAGGCCUACUAA